AUGGCAACUGCCAGACCCUGCAUGUCCUCUUCUCGUAGAGCUUUUGUGUCAAGUGCUGCAAUGCUUAAUGGUAAUUUUAAGCUGGCUUCAUGGACUAAGCUUUCGAGUGCAUGCCAUAUAGCUUCUGCACAACCUUUCCACCGGAGCUUUACAUCAUCAUCUCUAAAAAUGGAUAAGUUUGUUACAAAGGCGAUGGCUGGAGCUAGUGAAAACAAGCCUGCCUCAGGGUUGCCAAUUGAUUUGAAAGGUAAGAGGGCAUUUAUCGCUGGUGUGGCUGAUGAUAAUGGAUAUGGUUGGGCAAUUGCAAAAUCUCUAGCUGCUGCAGGUGCUGAAAUUCUUGUGGGCACGUGGGUGCCUGCUCUGAACAUUUUUGAGUCCAGCCUGCGACGUGGAAAGUUUGAUGAAUCACGCGUGUUACCAGAUGGUUCUUUAAUGGAGAUUACCAAGAUAUAUCCCCUAGAUGCUGUUUUUGACAACCCUGAGGAUGUUCCUGAGGAAAUAAAAACAAAUAAGCGAUAUGCAGGAUCCAGUAAAUGGACUGUCCAGGAAGCUGCUGAAUCUGUCAAGAGUGAUUUUGGCAGCAUUGACAUUCUUGUGCACUCACUUGCAAAUGGACCAGAGGUAGUUAAACCUCUGCUGGAGACAUCCAGAAAGGGAUAUCUCGCUGCUCUAUCCGCAUCGAGUUAUUCCUAUGUUUCUCUACUCAAGCAUUUCCUCCCAAUAAUUAAUCCAGGUGGUUCAUCAAUUUCUCUUACAUAUAUUGCUUCCGAGAGGAUCAUUCCUGGAUAUGGUGGAGGUAUGAGCUCUGCAAAAGCUGCUCUUGAGAGUGACACUCGAGUUCUUGCUUUUGAAGCUGGGAGAAGAAAGGGAAUUAGAGUCAACACAAUUUCUGCUGGUCCACUGAGAAGCCGUGCUGCAAAAGCAAUAGGAUUUAUUGAUAUGAUGAUUGACUAUUCAUCAGCCAAUGCACCUCUGCAAAAAGAACUGUCUGCAGAGGAGGUAGGGAACACAGCUGCGUUCUUGGCAUCACCUUUGGCCUCUGCCAUUACUGGCGGUGUUAUAUAUGUAGACAAUGGAUUGAAUGCAAUGGGUGUGGGAGUUGACAGUCCAAUUUUCGAGAAACUCGAUAUUCCAAAGGCUCAGCACUGA